UCCUACAUCUUAGCUCUGUGCCGCUCGUCUGGGCUGGUGCAGUUGUGUGAACAGUGCAGUGCGUGUGUGCGUGUGUGUGAGAGUGUCCUGGAUGCCACCUGUGGACUAACGACGAGAGCAGCGACAACACCACCUGCAGCACGUGUAUACAUCUUGGACAACAACUGCCCGGCGCCAGGCGAGCGCUAGCCAUGAGGUGGACAAUCCCUCUGGUGGCCAUAUGGGCGGCCCUCGUGGCCGUGGACGCGUGGAGCGAGCCCGAGCAGCGGUCGCACCACAAGCGGGACGUUUCCGAGCUGCUCGGCAAGGGGUACAACUACCCUCGCCAGUCACAGCAGUCUAGCGGCAACCAGGUCAACGAACUAGUCAGGGAGUACAGGGAGGCCAUCAAGCCUUACCAAGUGGGUGGCUUCGGCGGCUCUGGCGGCUACAGCAACGCCGGGUCCUCGUCGUCCUCCAACAGCUUCGGGGGCAGCAUCGCCUACAGCACGCUGGAGGGCAACUCCUACGACUACCAGCCGCCCCAGCAGCCUCAGCAGCCUCAGCAGCCGCAGCAGGGCUACAACGCACCCGCGCCACAGCCGAACUACCAGGCGCCACAGCAAAGCUACCAAGCGCCUCAGCAGCCCUCCAGAGACUACGGCGCCCCGUCCAUCACGCCUUCCAUCCCUAUCGCCUCCUUCACGAUCCCCGCCAGCAGGCCCUCGCCGCCAGCCACCAGCUACGGCGUACCCGACGCCCCUGCCCCGGUGCCCUCUCGCCCUAACACCUCGUACGGAGCCCCCGCCCCUGCGCCCCAGCCCAGCUACCAGGCCCCCGCUCCUCAACCCAGCUAUCAGGCACCAGCCCCUCAACCCAGCUAUCAGGCUCCCGCUCCUCAGCCGAGCUAUCAAGCUCCUGCUCCCCAGCCUAGCUACCAGGCACCCCAGCAACCCUCCAGUGGGUACGGAACACCCGCCGCACCCCAGCCUAGUUUCCAGACCCCUGCCCCACAACCCAGCUACCAGGCACCCGCACCCCAACAGCCAUCCAGCGGCUAUGGUGCCCCGGCCCCCCAGCCCAGCUACCAGGCCCCGGCUCCUCAGCCCAGCUACCAGGCCCCGGCACCUCAACCCAGCUACCAGGCGCCACAGCCCAGCUACCAAGCGCCACAGCCAAGCUACCAAGCGCCCGCUCCGCAGCCCAGCUACCAAGCUCCGCAGACGCCUUCCUCUGGUUACGGCCCGCCUUCAAGGCCCCAGCCGCCCUCCACAAGCUAUGGCACCCCAGUGCAGCAGACCUACUCGGCGCCUGCCCCACGGCCGCAGCCCAGACCCCAGCCGCCAUCGACCAGCUACGGCACUCCGACCCAGAGCUACUCGCCGCCCAGGCCCCAACAGAACUACGGCGCCCCCGCGCCCAGGCCUGCGCCCCAGCCCACCUACCAGCCUCCCCCACAGCAGCCUUCUAGUGGCUACGGUGCUCCGGCCCCAGCUCCUCAGCCGAGCUACCAACCACCCCCUCAGCGUCCUUCCAGCAGCUACGGUGCUCCGGCCCCAGCCCCUCAGCCCAGCUACCAACCACCUCCACAGCGUCCCUCAAGCAACUAUGGUACUCCCGCACCCCAGCCCAGCUACCAGCCGCCUCCUCAAAGGCCAUCCACCAACUACGGCGCUCCUGCUCCCCAGCCCAACUACCAGCCACCCCGCCCGUCCAGCAACUACGGGGCACCCUCUCCUCAGCCUCAGCGCCCGUCUUCCAACUACGGUGCCCCUUCACCCCAGCCGCAGCGCCCCUCUAGCGGCUACGGCGCUCCGGCUCCUCAGCCCAGCUACCAGCCACCUCCACCCAGGCCGGCCAGCAGCUACGGUGCCCCCGCUCCACAGCCCAGCUACCAAGCCCCAGCCCCGCAGAGGCCGUCCAGCAGCUAUGGUGCCCCCGCGCCCCAGCCCAGCUACCAGUCCCCGGCCCCACAGCGACCCUCCAGCAGCUACGGCGCCCCUGCACCCCAGCCCCAGAGGCCGUCUAACAGCUACGGUGCCCCCGCGCCACAACCCAGCUACCAGGCGCCUGCACCGCAGCCUAGCUACCAGGCUCCGGCUCCUCAGCCUAGCUACCAAGCCCCAGCCCCGCAGCCGUCUCAGAGUUACGGAGCGCCUUCGAACGUGCCAGCGACAAUCCCACAGAAGUAUGACAGUCAGGGAGGCUACGUUUUCUAAACAAACAGAUAUCGAUCACCCACCGUUAAUGUAUUUUUAUUUUUGUAAAUAUGUAAAUGACGAAAUCUUUGUAAGUUCUUCAGCUAUUACAACCUUUGCUACUUUGUUGUCAAGUGUUUUCUACAACCUACGUGU